AUGCCGGAUGUCAUGGCGGAUGCUGGGCGGUUUGAAGAGUGCGGUAUCUCGCUCGGGCGGAUGGAGAUGUACAAGGUCAUGCUCGCCAUGCAGAAGCUUGUUGAGUCGCACCCGUUGGAGCGGAUCCGUUUCUUUGGCAAGAUCUACGGCCUCAAGGCCCCGUACUAUGUCGUCGAGGCAGUGUACAAGGACGGCGAGCGGCCGUUUGAUGCCCCUGAGGGCGCCGCCGCCGACGCACGGGCCGCAGACUCGGGCUACGACGAGUACGACGGCGACUACUCGGCUCGCGGUGGCCGCGCCGCCGACGGCCAGCCUGGCGAGGCUGGUGGUGACGGUUUUGUCCCGCCGGCCUCGCAGCACAAGGCGCCGCCACAGCCGCCUAUGGAAGAGUUUGAGGGAGCAAACAAGUACGCGUACUUUGUGUGCUCCUUCCCGGGCGGCGAGUGGACCAAGCUGCCAGACGUGACGCCCAAGCAGAUUGUGGCUGCCCGCGCCAUCACCAAGUUCUUCACCGGCUCGCUCGACGCCCCGGUCGAGUCGUACCCGCCGUUCCCAGGCACUGAGAAGAACUACCUCCGGGCCCAGAUUGCCCGCAUUGUCGCCGCCACCGCCGUUGCUCCCGCCGGCCGCUACGUCGACCCCGCCGAGCUCGAGUCGCUCGACGGCGGCGAGGAUGACGACAACGUCUCGGUCGUCUCCAACAUGGACUUUAACGUCGCAGACAACGAGGAGAUCGGCGAGCCGGCCGGCUGGAUCCACCGCGAGCGCUUCAUUCUCCCGCAGGGCCGCUGCUUCUGGUGGGAGCCGCCUCGCGAUGACGCCUCGCGCGACGAGUCGGAGUUUGACGAGGAGUCGAUGCUCUCCGCCAACGCGCCCGAGCCCGAGUUUGGCCCGCCGCUCCUUACCCCGCUCGCCGAUGACGAGCCUAUCGGGGCCUUCCCGGCAUGGUCGGUUCGCUACUCCUCCGCUGUUGCCACCCGCUACGCCACCAUUCUCAUGCAGUCGAACCGCUGGCCGGGUGCCUACGCCUACGCCAACGGCCGCUCCUCCGCCUGCAUCUACGUCGGCUACGGCCAAAAGUACCAGCCGACCCACUUUACCCCGCAGCCGCCCCCGCAGCCGCCGCCGCAGCCUGCCGCUGAGUACGCCGGCGACGACAUUGUCGAGCGCGCAGACGCCACUGACGAGCGCGAUGCCCUUCUCCGCGGCGAGGACGACGACGUCUCCUACGCCUCGGGUUCGGAGAUGUAUUCGGACGAUCGCUAA